AGGCUGCCAACCAUCACGCGCAAAGCAUGUAGACGCAUAUGACCACCCAACAGCAUCUGCUCGAGCGCGCAUACGGCUUCUCACAUAAUGACGUGCUCAAACGCGCGACUGCGACAAGACUUAUCUACGCGCUGCAACCAGCCGCCGUGACCUUCAGCCAGCGAUUACCGCCACCAGACGAUCCUCAUGCUCGCAUACCAGCACACGCCGCAGGCGUGAAUGCCUUGACUGUCGACAGAUUCGAAGGAAGAUACCUGCUCUCGGGUGGCGCAGACUCAUCGAUUGCGAUAUGGGACCUCGAAGCCGAAACCGCCAGCACAGAGAGCGGAGAGGCGUACCUCCCUCUCUCAGCUCUGAGCAAGACAACAAAGGAGCAUAAGCUAGGCAUCACGCAGCUCAGCUUCUACCCCUUUGACUCGCUCGCCUUCCUCACAUCCUCGUACGACCACACAGUUAAGCUCUACUCCAGCGAGAGCCUCGAAGUCUCGGCCUCGUUCGACCUCGACGCUGCCGUCUACAACAUCGCUCUCUCGCCGAUCGCCUCACAUCUUCUCAUUGCCUGCGCGACCCAAGGCCCAAACGUCCGCUUGAUAGAUCUGCGCUCAGGUGCGACGACACACAGUCUUGCCGGACACUUAGGCGCUGUGCUGUCCACAGCCUGGAGCCCCGUGACCGAUCACCUCCUAGCCUCGGGUGCCACAGACGGUACGGUACGCUUCUGGGACAUCCGGCGCAGCGUUGGGUCUCUGGGCUCGCUGGACCUGGAAGACUCGGUAGGCCGAGCCGGCGCACACACGCACUCAUACUUGCACGCUUCAGGCCAAGGACAAGCGCAUCGCGGCGCAGUAAACGGGUUGGUAUGGACAGAAGACGGGAAACACUUGGUGAGCACCGGCCACGACCAGCGGAUCCGUGUAUGGGACACUUUGUCGUACGCCAACACACUCGCGAACUUCGGGCCCGUGGUCAAGAACAGUGGUCUCGCGCCUGUCAUGCCCGUUCUACCACCUAGACACCACUUCGCCGCACACGCGGAGACGAUGUUCUACCCGAGUGAGCACGAGAUUUUGUUCUAUGAGUUAUUUGAUGGCAAGCUCCUGCGACGCAUGAAGCGCCCUGAAGUUGCGAAGCGCGCUGCUGAUGCGCCUGCUGGCGGUGCAAAUGGCAACGCCAAGGGCCAGAGCAAUCGCAAAGAUCGCAUUACGAGUCUGACGUGGCGUGCGCAUGAUGUAGAGGUGUACUCUGCGCACGCCGACGGGAGUAUCUGUGCAUGGAAACCUCGGACAGACGAGGACGUUGACGCAGACGAGGACGAACGAAUCGAAGAAGAACAGAGGGACGAGGGCAGGAAGAGGAAGAGAGACGUGCUGGAUGAUAUAUAUGCUGGUCUGACGAAGAAGACUAUAACCUUUGGAAACAUGGGUCUGUAGCAGCGGCAGAUCAAAUGCUGUCCAUGAUAGACUGUGUAUGGUGAUUGUUUAAGACCCAUGCCGGUAGACGUGCAGAUACACACUGUCUUCCCCCAUGUCCACAUCCCCAGGAAGCGGAUACUCGAACAGGGCCGUCUCCGCGAAGCCAGCUUCCUUCAUAAGACCAAAGAACACGCGUUCACUGUCAUGUCUCAUCUUCAUCGCUAUCCCAACAACAACAUCCUUGUUCAAGUCUGCCAGUCGACGCAAAGUACUGACAAGUGCAGGGCUGCUGUCUGAAUUAUACGUGCAAUCCGCCGC